UAUCAGAUAACAUCUGGCAACCAGUCAGAUGAUAAUUGCACCUUGAGCUUAGUAGCGCCGGUCAUGAGACGCGUCUUACAAGUUCCGGCAGGGACACACGUGUAACCCCUGCAUGUAUUUCGGGGACACCGCCCACAAAAAGGACAUGUCUGCUGGUAGGUAAACACUGCCUGAUCGAAGCCGCUCAAAUGAGCGACAGAGCCGAGAUGAGAGGGCCCGCAGCCCGCCAAAGACGGACUACUAUUUCAUCCAACGGGGGUAAGUGCCACAAUGGUGGUGGAGAUAAACCUCCUCCAUGCCCCGGUAAAAAGAAGACGGAAGAGGCGUCCAGAUAUGUUGACAACAACGGGAAGGCAGACAAGGAGAAAGUUCAGCAGCCCUCAGACAACCAAAGGAAACCAACAACGAGUCAUUUGGACGAAAUCAGUGAGGGACUCAGCUGCCAUGUCCUACAGGAGUCACUUCUGAGCUCAGCCAGCGGCUACAGUAACUACAGAGGAAUCCUCAACUGGUGUGUUGUCAUGUUGGUGCUGAGUAAUGCUCGUCUCUUCCUGGAGAACAUUAUAAAGUACGGCAUCCUUGUAGACCCAAUCCAGGUGGUGUCUCUUUUCCUGAACAACCCUUACAGCUGGCCUGCUGCUUGCCUCCUCAUUGUGUCCAAUGUGUUCAUAUUAGCUGCAUUGUACAUUGAGCGACGUCUAGCUGUGGGAACUGUGUCCGAAACUACAGGCUUGAUUCUUCACAUAUUUAACUUGGCCUCCAUGUUGGUUUUCCCCUCUGCAAUAGUCCUCACAGUGAAUUCCAUUACACCAGUGGGUGGCAUCCUCUCCUUGGGAGUCUACACAGUGCUGUUCCUCAAGCUGUACUCCUACCAAGACACCAACAGGUGGUGCCGUGAGAUCAGACAAGCCAAAGCCAAGAAAUUGACUCGCUCCUACUCCUGUCCUUCUGUGGCCCAGUCCAAUGGAUUAGCAGUGCACACAAACGUCUCCUACCCUGGCAACCUCACCCACAGAGACAUGUACUACUUUGUGUUUGCCCCAACGCUCUGCUACCAGCUCAACUUCCCCAGGUCUCCGCGGAUACGCAAGAGGUUCCUCAUCAGGCGGCUCUUUGAGAUGCUUUUCUUCAUACAGCUUCUAGUGGGAUUAAUCCAGCAGUGGAUGGUUCCGACCAUACAAAACUCCAUGAAGCCAUUCCAGGAAAUGGAUUUUUCUAGAAUGGUGGAACGUCUGCUCAAGCUAGCUGUGCCCAACCAUCUGAUCUGGUUAAUAUUCUUCUACUGGUUCUUCCACUCGUCCAUGAACUUUGUGGCUGAGCUGCUGCAGUUUGGGGACAGAGAGUUCUACAGGGACUGGUGGAACUCUGAGACUGUCACUUACUUUUGGGCAAACUGGAACAUCCCGGUUCACAAGUGGUGCUUGAGACAUUUCUAUAAGCCCAUGUUAAGGAGGGGCGUCAACAAGCUUCUUGCUCAAACUGCCGUCUUCAUGGUGUCCGCCUUCUUUCACGAGUAUUUGGUGAGUGUCCCUCUGAAGAUGUUUCGACUGUGGGCCUUUAUGGGCAUGAUGGCUCAGGUUCCCCUCGCUUGGUUCGUGGGUCGCUUCCUGAACGGCAUCUAUGGCAACGCGGCCGUGUGGAUGUCACUAAUCAUCGGGCAGCCGGUUGCUGUGUUGAUGUAUGUGCACGACUACUACAUCUUGCAUUACGGUAGCAGCACGUAGCCCAGCAGAGACGUUAAGUGUCAGACUUUAAAGGAUCUUUGCACGGAGCCUUACUGUGUCUUGAAGGCUGCUAAAUGGCCAAAGAUGAGAAAUAUGAGGACUGAUGGAGACGAUGUCUGAUAAGCAAAUUAGCUUUUUCCUACAUUCACAAAACAAUGCAACUAUGGUAUAUUAUGUGUAUUAAACAUUUUUGGUAUUAUUUUUC